GGACCGCUUUUUGCUUAAAGAAAAGCCCUCGAACCGUGUCUUCCCUUCUUCCUUGUCACCCUGUUUGGCGCCUCUUUCUCGAUCCCCAAAUUAAAUCAGAAAAUCGAUCUCCGAUUUUCUCCUAAUUUCUUCCUCUAAUCUAUCAAUCACGUAAAUAUCCGUUCAAUUCUCGUUGUUCCCUUUCGAUCGAUCUCCUUUUCUAUCCCGGCUGUUGAUUUUACGUGUUUCUAGGGUUAGGGUUCUUCAAUCUCUUCGAUUGAGCCCUUUCUCCCAUCAGUUUCUCAUGGGUUUUCGUUUUAUUGUCUAUUCAUGUUGAUUUCUCCCUUUGGUUUGGUCUAAUUUUGUUCGAAUUUCCCGAUUCGUUUUCCUUCUAGGAGUUGUAUUUGUUCCGUAUGUUAUAGUUCGUUUCCAUCUGAAAUUAUUAUAGGGUUUCGGUGUUUUAAGUUGUGGCGUGAUUCUUUGGAGGAGUUCUCUGUCGUGAUUUUGUUGUUUUCUCAACGAAAUUGGAAUUUAGGGUUAGGGCUUUCUUACAAAAAUUGGGGAUUUUCCAGGUAGUCAAAUUAAUUAGGGAAAACGCGUCUUUCCGUGGUGAAAUCAAAUUUAGUACAAAAGUAAGUGCUGUUCUCAUCUCAAUUGAGGCUUCUGCGGUAUUAAUUGAUCCUUGUCAUUUUUAGUGUCAUUUCUAACAGCCGAAGGUUUCCCAAUUCAAGACAAUUUAGAGGUGUUAAAUGGGAUUUAAACUGCCUUUUGAAGAUGAGGAGCUGCAAGAACUUCCUUUCAAGAAUCCGAGACAACCUGUCUAUAAUGACAAGCUGACUCGGUGUGCCGAUACUAUUCCCCAUAGUUAUAGUCCUCAAAAACCUCAUAUUUCAGUUGAAGUCGAGAGUGGAUUUUGUGAACACCAGUGGUAUGAAGAAUUUAAGACUGAUGCUCUGGAUGAUACUCGUUUUGCUGAGGAGGAUUCCAAGACUACUGCUCCAAUAUCUUUGGUCACUAGCAUUUCUAGUGAGGAAGAUACAGGCACUGGUGUAGCAGCAAUUUCACCUGUUUCGUCUGAAUGCUUUGACUUUGGUUUCCAGCGAAGAAUGUUUUCUCCUGUUGAGGACAACUAUUAUUUACUCUUGGAUCGGUCUCCUCGAAAACAAGUUCCGCUUGGGCCAAAUCAUCAAGCCACUGUUCCAUCAUGGGGUAGGCAUAUGAAGAAUAAUAAGUUUGCUCGGAAUGAUGUCUCAGAAAUCGUAGAUAAUAACAGUGAAGAUAUUAGGAUGGGAACAUGUAUCAUUCCAAUGCCCGACUCGAAUUUCUCUGCUAACAUAAGUGGUAAUGUUGCUGCUGGCAGAACUGAUUGUAGCUGCCUGGAUAGGGGAUCUUCAAGAUGUGUGCAACAGCAUGUUAUGGAGGCACGGAAAAUAUUACGGGAAUCCCUUGGGCAUGAAAAAUUUGUGAAACUGGGGUUUUAUAACAUGGGAGAGCAUGUAGCAUAUAAAUGGAGUGAAGAAGAUGAAGAGAUAUUUCAUGAGGUUGUUUACAAUAAUCCUGUAUCAUUGGGUAAGAAAUUUUGGAAGCAGUUGUCGGUGGUUUUCCCAUCACGAUCCAAGAGAGAGCUUGUCAGCUAUUAUUUCAAUGUCUUUAUCCUUCAGAGGCGAGCUAUUCAAAACAGAUCCAGUAGUCUGGACAUUGACAGCGAUGACGAUGAGUUUUAUGGAAAUCAACAGUCUUACGAAGUUCAAGCUAUAGAAGAAGAUGAAGACUCUGCUAUUGAAUCCCUUGCUGAUCAGGAAGACAAUAACAAUGAGGAUGAUAAUAGUGACAACUCCUAUGGUUAUAAUGGUGCCGGAUAUUACAGCAGGGCUGCAAUAAGAGAGGAUUAUGGUACAAACCUUUCGUUCAGAGGACAUGUUACGAAGUCAUUUGAUGCUAGCAGGUUCGGUCCUGUUUUCCAACAAACGGACAAGGGUUUUGGAAUAAUGGAGGAUAUCAAUGUACAAGAUGACUCAUGUAUGUCUUUCGAGUUUCAGCCAAACAUGGUUGACGCUCAUAAUCUGAUUGACACAAAGGCUAACUUGCAUGUUAGUAGAACGAAGACGGACCUUAGCAAGUCUUUGCAGCAAGGUAAACAAGGUGAGUCUAGUGAGCUGCUGAACAAUAUUUAUUUAUUGGAUACAUGUGGUGCCAAAAUCUGGGACACUAGGUAUUCUACAUCUUCGAAAAAAGGCAUCGAUCUCCAGCCGACUUGCAACAUAAUUGAAGAGAUUUUCGGACAAGACACGAGAUAAAAGAAACAGAUGGUUUGCUCUUGAAUUGUCCAGAAUCUUCUCAAUAGAUAAGGCCAAGGUUUUGGUUCUUAAACAUUUUUUCCCCUGUAAAGUCGUCUACCAAAUGUAUUUUGCUUCAGCAAGUGCUGUUAAUGGGAUCCUUUUUGAUUUUGUAUA